CAUAUCUCUCCAUACAACUCAUACAUCUCAUCAUCGCGUGCACAUCAUACCCAUACGGUCAUUACCGACCAAAACACUACCUUUUGACCAAUACUACUGGAGGAUAAUGAGACGAUCGUGAACAUGGCAUUUCAACAGCGCGAGCGCGACUUUGGAGGUCAGGAUGGCGGCGGCGGCGCUUAUGAAGGUGGAGGCUUCGGGCGAGGAAGAGGCAAACGUAAGUGUGGUCCAUUUGUUACUCGACGAUUCGAUGUCCAUGGUGUUAAUGGUGAUGUGCAUUUUUGUUCCAAGGGAGCUGUUGCAACUAGGACGGUCGCGCAGUUUCCACUCAAAAUGGGUCUUGAAGUUUUCAUUGUCAUCCUAUCCUGUUUAUAUCUUCAAAAUAUCAAUCUCUCCAAUACAAAAAUGUCUUUGCAACUUGACCCAUAUCGAGCCUUCCAAAAAGACACGUGAUGAUUCCCUGCCUCCCAACCUUUGGACAGAGCAACAUUCAGGAUACGAGAAUCUAUAGAGACUUCGCUAACACCAUAUUCCUAGGACCUGUUACUGAUUAUGGAUCUACUAUGGUUCAUUGGAUGCGGAAUCGUCAACCGAGAUUCAAAGGAGGAUAUCAAGGCGAGAUGGAACGACCAAGUCCAAGUUAUAUUGUUGAUGUAAGCUUGAAUCAUACUCAACUCUCAAGAGCCGCAUGUUGACUUUAAAUAGAUGUUACCGCCCCUAGCAAGACUUUCAAAUCCAGCCGAUUCUAUUCCAUCAAAACAUCUACACUCAUCUCUAAACAAAAUCAAACAUCCCGUCAAUGUUGUUCGAUGGACACCAGAAGGUCGAAGAUUACUUACUGCGUCCAGUAGUGGAGAAUUUACACUGUGGAAUGGCACCGGGUUCAACUUUGAAACCAUCAUGCAAGCACAUGAUGUAGCCAUCAGAGCGUUAGCCUACUCGCAUAGUGACGACUGGCUGAUAUCAGCUGACCACGAUGGUCUAAUCAAAUACUGGCAACCUAAUUUUAACAACGUCAAAGUAAUCCAAGGCCAUACGGAGCCUGUAAGAGAUAUCGCCUUUAGUCCGACUGACUCCAAAUUUGUCACGGCUUCCGAUGAUGCUCACUUGAAAAUCUUUGAUUUUGCUGGCGGUGUUGAAGAGUCAAGUAUCCACGCGCAUACAUGGGAUGUCAAGACUGUUGAUUGGCACCCUACCAAAGGAUUGAUCGUUUCCGGAUCCAAGGACCAUCUCAUUAAAUUAUGGGACCCUAGGGAGUCUGGAAAUAAGGAGUUGACUAUUCUUCGUGGCCAUAAAAAUACCAUCACCCGAACACUCUUCGAAAGAGUACGAGGUGAUUGUCUCGCAACCUCAGCACGAGAUCAAACAGCACGAGUAUUCGACCUACGAAUGAUGCGUGACAUACUAUUACUCAAAGGCCACGAGAAGGAAAUCUCAACUUUAACAUGGCAUCCAAUCCAUUCAUCUCUCCUAAGCACCGGUGGUGGUGAUGGAGCCCUACAUCAUUACCUCCUUGAUGAGCCAAAUAACCCCCCUGGAGUCCUCCCAACUCUCGCUCCUUACGAUUCUCCCGAUCCCACCACUGCCCCAGCUCAGACUAUCCAUCCAGCUCAUAAAAUCCCAUAUGCACAUGACUUUCCCAUCUGGUCACUAGAUUGGCAUCCUCUGGGACACAUCCUUGCCUCCGGCUCCAACGACAGAGUCACUCGUUUUUGGACACGUGCUCGACCAGGCGAAACCGAUUCCUUCAACGACCGCUACCACAUUGGAGAAGAAGCUGCCGAAGCCCAAGGAACAUGGGACCGCCGCGGUAACCGCCGUCAAAGACAAGCAGAAGAAGAGCAAGAACUAGAAGACGAAAUGGAAGGGUUAGUCGACCAAAAGAUGCCCUCCAAAGCGCCCUCCUUCCCAGGAAUUCCAGGCCUCCCACUUCCUCAAAACCCAUCCGCCAUCCAAAUCCCAGGUGUAGGCGGCCCUCUCCCUCCUCCCCCAUUCAACAACUCCUCCCUCGACGUCCCCCCACCCCUCCCAGGUCUCAACCCAAGCAACCCCCCCGACUUCGCCCGUCUCGCAGAGAUGAUGAAGAACGCCGGCCUCCCCCCACCACCACCACCCCCGAUCGGCAGCGCGAAUCCCCAAUUCCCACCUCCGCCUCCGGGCAUGCUCCCACCGGGUCUCCUCCCACCGCCUGGAAACUUCCAGCUCCCGCCUGGCUUCCCGCCGCCGCCUAAUAUGGGAGUCCCUCCUCCGGGUUUUGCUGGUGCGAUUCCGGGGAUGGGUGGCCAGACUGGUGUGUCGCAGGGUAAUGAGGAGGGAGGUAGUGGGGGGAGUGUGAGGAGGAGGGGGCCGUNAAGAACGCCGGCCUCCCCCCACCACCACCACCCCCGAUCGGCAGCGCGAAUCCCCAAUUCCCACCUCCGCCUCCGGGCAUGCUCCCACCGGGUCUCCUCCCACCGCCUGGAAACUUCCAGCUCCCGCCUGGCUUCCCGCCGCCGCCUAAUAUGGGAGUCCCUCCUCCGGGUUUUGCUGGUGCGAUUCCGGGGAUGGGUGGCCAGACUGGUGUGUCGCAGGGUAAUGAGGAGGGAGGUAGUGGGGGGAGUGUGAGGAGGAGGGGGCCGUUGCCUAGUCAGGAGGAGAGUUUGCAGAUGGAGCAGAGGAGGGGGAAGUAUACUCGUGCGAGGUAG